ACAGUGAGAAAAUCUGUUCAGUCAGAAAAACGAUACUGCAAGGAAGAGUCAGCUGAACCAUCGUCAGUUUGAAGAAUGUGUCCUCUGUUCCUGCUCUUCCUGGGGGUGCUGCUCCCUGCUGGAUGGGCGCGCCCCCAACUUCCUCUUCUCUCUUUAGAGAUGAUUGACUUUGUUAACAAACUCAACACCACCUGGACAGCCGGCCAGAACUUCCACAACAAGGACAGCAGCUUUGUGAAAGGACUGUGUGGGACCAUCCUAAAGGGACCCAAGCUGCCAGAAUUGGCUCAUGAUGUUGAAGGCAUUAAGCUUCCAGACAGCUUCGACCCACGUGAGCAGUGGCCCAACUGUCCCACACUCAAGCAGAUCAGAGACCAGGGCAACUGUGGCUCCUGCUGGGCCUUUGGAGCAGCCGAAGCAAUUUCUGAUAGAAUCUGUAUCCAAAGUGGUGGCAAGAUCUCACUAGAGAUCUCUGCAGAAGAUCUGCUGACCUGUUGUGAUGAGUGUGGCAUGGGCUGUUUUGGUGGUUUUCCUUCUGCUGCUUGGGAGUUUUGGACAAACAAAGGACUUGUGACAGGAGGCUUGUUUGACUCCAAAGUCGGCUGCAGGCCCUACACCCUCGCCCCCUGCGAACACCAUGUGAAUGGAAGCCGUCCUCCUUGUCAGGGUGAAGUGGAGACUCCCAAGUGUGUGACGCAGUGCAACAAUGGAUACUCACUGUCAUACCCAAAGGACAAACACUUCGGCCAACGCUCGUACAGCAUUCCAUCUCAGCAGGAGCAGAUCAUGACUGAGCUGUACAAGAACGGGCCCGUGGAGGCAGCCUUCAGUGUUUAUGCAGAUUUCCUGCUGUAUAAGAAUGGUGUGUACCAACAUGUGACAGGAGACAUGCUAGGAGGUCAUGCUGUUAAGAUCCUGGGCUGGGGGGAGGAGAAUGGGACUCCCUACUGGCUGGUUGCAAACUCCUGGAACAGUGACUGGGGCGACAAAGGUUUCUUCAAAAUCAAGCGUGGAAACGACGAAUGUGGAAUAGAGUCAGAGAUGGUCGCUGGGGCUCCACUCAGCUAAAAAGGAAGAAAAUCAGUUGAUGGUUUAUGGUUAAUUGCAGCAAAUCAACAGAAAUAAUCAAACAAAACACAUGUAAAUAUUAGGGGUGUAAUGGUUUAUUUUAACAACGAUUCGAUUGAAUUUGAUGUUUGCGGUUGCCGAUUCGAUUCACCUCCAGUUAAGGUUCAUUUUAAACAAUCCAAUUUGAUCCAAUUCACAGACCUAAAUUGAUCCAGGACAUCUUUAGCCAAAACGUCAACCAGUGUAACUCAGAGAGAAAUACCUGGUACUGAACAGUGCAGGGGACGUUUGCCAAAUUCCUUGUAUUUCUUCAAGACAAUCAAGUUUAAAUUAGUUAUGUGUUCAAACAAACAAGUAAACAAGAAUGAAAGUCAAAUCCGUUCACAUUUUAGUUUCCUAAAGUUCAGCCCACUGAUGUUUUUUCCACAUCCAUAUAAUCCAAAGGGAACAUUCUUAGAACAAUCUAGUACACUGUAUGGUCACAUCAUUAUAGUCCACGCAUUGGACUGGAAUGAUGGAUUGAUCCGUUUUUGUUGCAUUACAUGUGUGUUGUCUGCUGUGGGUCAUUUUUACAGUAUAGUAAAUAAACCUAUCAUGCCUCAAUCCAAAUUGUAUUUUUUUAAUAUCAAUUUGAUUAUCGAUUUAUCUAAUUUUGAAAAGAUUUUUUUAAAUGGUAUGGUUCAAUUCGAAUUUGCCUCAGAUCGAUCUGGUUGAAUUAUAGAAAUAAAAAAUCCAUUAAUUGAUUAAUCGUUACGCCUCUAUCAACUAUUGAGUGUCUUAAACUGUUGGCAGACCUAUUGGAAAAUACAUUUAAGUUUAGGAGUCUUUACCAUUACUAUCAAUAAAUAAUUAUGCUGCCAUAUUUGUCUAAGUAAAGUCAAACCACAACAAUAAUCUCAUUAAAUCAUGUGGGCUUCAAAAUAUCAUGUCUCACAUUUUUCAUGUGUUGAAAUAAAAAUGCCACCUUUAAUUUAUGAU